CGUUCAUCAGCUGGUCGGGCGUUAACUCUUGCGGGAGUGAUGUACGGCAAGGUGGGCUCACCCCGGGGGAGUUCUUUUUCAGUUCCCAUGUGGGCGUUCCUGGCACGCAUGGCUUUUCUUUUUGGCCUGCUUCGGCAGGAAUCAAAAAGUAAUUUUCUCAAAAAUGACAAAAAAAAAAUAGAUAAGAGGGUAAAAUUCCCCUCUCUUCACACCUUAUCCACACCAGCUUUUUUGGCUGCGGCUGCUGGGUGGUCUACAUGGCCGCUUUAGAACUGUUCCCUUGUAUUUAUUCCUCAUGGUAAACCAGAGGCAAAUAGAGUAGAAUAAUAAGUAGAAAAGUAGUAUGACAAAUAAAAAAG